AUGGCGACCAACCCGCAUCAUGGGAUCCUAGUGUCCUCAUUCCACGACUUUGAAAACCCGGAGUUCAUCCCAACAACGUUUCACACCUACGGCGAAUGCGGCGCCGUGGGCGGCUUCCUCCCCGCCGUGAAGCAAAGCUCGUAUUCGGAGCUUUCGAGGGCUUUGAUCGAUGUCAACUCCCCCCUCGUCAGCUCUCCCUGCACUACGUUGGAUUCGCCUGCAUCGUCUCCAGAUAUUCCCUCCGAGCCAGGGGGGCUAGAUUGCCACGACUACGUCCUUACAGAUGCCAUCGAUUUUGCGAUGGAACCGGAUUCUACGCAGGAAAAAUCGCCGUCGCCGGAAGAACAUCUGGACUCGCAACCACCGGUGAAAAUCGAGUGCAUGGACGCUUCGUUUGACCGGGUGGUUUUCGAACCCGCGGCCUGCUGCGAUGCGGGCCAAGCCGUCGUAGAUCAUAACCCCCGUUUGCGAUCCAAUCCUCGGCACAAGAAGACGUGGUUACGGGCCCAGAUGCAAGGCAUGAUGGGCGUCUUUCACGUCGAUCCUUUUGCGUCGCGUGUCGACGGCUCGUACUCCGUCUAUCCGCCCACCAGCGACCUCGAUCCCGCGAUCAUGACGUUUAAGCUUGACGCGGAGGGCGCUAACGGCAUGGACGAAGUGGAAGACCCGGAGGCGCGCUACCUCUCGUCUAUUCUGCUCGGAUCCCUGCUGUCGUUCGACGAUUCGGACGAAGAGGGCGCUACUUGCCGAUCGCACGGCGACGAUGGCGAUGCGUCAUAUGGGAGUUGCUCUUCACUGGGAAAGCCGGGCGAAGCUUCUACGAUACAAGAAGACGGCACGGAGGCAGCGCGCCUCCGGUCCAAACACUGCCGCGCCAAAAAGCUCAGAUCGCAAAUGGCCCGUCCUCGAAAAGAGAGGGCUCUCGUGCACCAUUGCGAUCGAUGUAACAAAGCGUUCAAUCGCCCCUCGGGGCUUGCCAUGCAUAUGCACACGCACUCGGGUUUGAAGCCCUUCGUGUGCCCAAUCGCCUCCUGCGGGAAGCGAUUCUCUGUUCGGUCGAACGCGCGGAGGCACUAUCAUACACACAACGACGGUAAACGCAGCUUACCGCCCGCGCUCCUCUUCGACGCUGCUUUGCCGCAGGAAUGCCGCGCACGAGCGUACAGCCUUUGGUUGGCCACCGGUCAGGUAUCUGCCGACGGCGUUCCACAAGAGAGCGACGACGGUGAAGAGGAGUCCUCGUCAGCUAACGACUCAGACAACGACGAUAACUUGCAAUCUCCGGAAAAUGUGUCGUAA